AUGCCGGAUAACGAUAUCGAUGUUUAUUUGGAGCCCCUGGUGGAUGAGUUGAAGCAACUCUGGGAUGGCGUUGAAACUUAUAAUGCUAAUAAGGGGACCACUUUCAAGAUGCAUGCGGCGCUAAUGUGGACUAUUAGUGAUUUUCCAGGGUUGGGAAAUUUUUCUGGGUGGAACACGUAUAGUGGGUUAGCUUGUCCCACAUGUAAUGUGGACACUAAGGCUCAGCGACUAACAUUCAGUCGAAAAUGGUGUUACACGGGCCAUCGUCGCUUCUUGAAUCAGGGCCAUAAAUAUAGAGUAGACCGGAUUAGAUUUGACGGACAAGUUGAAAGCAGAGAUCCACCGAAGAAGUAUUCUGGAGCAGAUGUCUUAAGGCAGCAGUGUAAUAUGCAAGUGUUGUUUAGGAAGAACUCAACUCUGACAGCCAAAAGAAGACGCAUUGGUGAAGAUGCAGAUCAAGAUGACUCGUAUUGGAAAAAGAGGAGUGUGUUCUUUGAACUCCCGUACUGGAAGGAUCACAUGUUGCGUCAUAACCUUGACGUGAUGCAUAUAGAGAAGAACAUUUGUGACAAUGUGGUCUUCACUAUCUUAAACGAUAGCGUCAAAUCAAAAGAUAAUCUUAAGGCUCGCAAAGAUUUACAAAGCAUGGGCAUAAGGUCUGAAUUGUGGCCGGAGAAAGGUGGUAAAUAUCCUUCAGCAAUCUUCACAAUGUCGAAUCCACAGAAGGAUGUAUUCCUGAAGACUCUACAGAAUGUGGUCUUUUUAGAUGGUUACUCGAGCAAUAUUGCUCGUUGUGUUGACAUUCGGCAGCGCAAGUUGUAUGGGUUGAAGAGUCACGACUGCCACAUUCUUAUGGAACAAUUACUUCCAAUUUUGGUGAAGAAUACAUUGUCAAGUCCGGUAUCAAAUGUGAUUGCGAAUCUGUCCUCAUUUUUCCGAGAACUCUGUGGAAAAGCUUUAAAUCCUAUGCAGCUUGGUGCCCUUCGGAAUCAUGUUGUGAAAAUUCUGUGUCAGAUGGAAAUGAUUUUUCCUCCAUCCUUCUUCACUGUCAUGGUUCACCUUACGGUGCACCUCGUUGAUGAAAUAAAACUUGGUGGCCCGGUACAUUAUCGGUGGAUGUAUCCAAUAGAAAGGGCACAAGCAGAAGGCUCAAUUGCGGAGGGCUAUUUAUCCGAGGAGAUUUUGACAUUCUACUCCAUAUAUUUGGAUAAUAUUGAGACUAGAAUUAACCGACCAGCGCGAGUUGAUGAUCGACCUGUUGAUGUUACAAACAAUACAGGAUGUAAUAUGUUCCCAGAAAUUGGAAAAGCUUCAGGGGCUAUAUCACAUUUUGUACUAACCCCAAUGGAAAGAGAUCAGGCACAUCGUCAUGUGCUAGUCAAUUGCGAGGCCGUCGCUCCAUUUAUUGAUACAUUUAGGGCAGAAACUAAGCGUAAAUUACAGGAUCAAACAAGGUCGCAAUCUAAGAUAGACCGUGUUGUGCAUGCAGAAUUUCCUCGCCGGUUCAAGCGUGAGGUUCCAAUGGACAGUACUGUACAUUCGAAAGAAAUGAAGUUGUUGGCAUGUGGUCCCAUGCUUCAGGCAAGACGUUUUGGGACAUACAACGUCAAUGGGUACAAGUUUAAAACUAUCACAAAGGAAGACGGGAUGAAAAUACAAAAUAGUAGAGUUUAUGUCUCAUCUAAUACAAGAAGUUAUGCCAACAUGCGUGACAACAGAGUGGCUAUUGGUAGUGUUCCAUAUUAUGGAAAAAUUGUGGACAUAAUCGAAUUGAUGAACUAUAGCUGCCAUUUCACAGUGGUUUUGUUCAAAUGUAUUUGGGCUGAUACAACUACGAGCAGAGGAAUUAAACAAGACCAUCUGGGCCUUACCAGCGUUAAUUUCGCUCGUCCAAUUCACACCGGUGAUCGAGAAGAGGAUGAACCGUACAUAUUGGUAUCAGAAGCUCAUCUCGUGUACUAUGUACGUGAUGAAGUAGAUCCAGAAUGGAGUGUAGUAGUUCAUGUAAAAUCGCGAGACUUGUAUGACAUGGGAGGAGAGAAUGAAGAUGUUAAAGCUGCUUUUUCUCCUCAGCCCGGGUUGAACAUGUCAGCAGGUGACAUCAGUGAUUUACAGUUGACAAGGGAUGAUGAUAUAGAAGACCAAGUAGCAGAUGUUUCUGAUAACAUCGAUUAUGUGGCAUAG